GCAUUAGGCGGGGUGACGGUGGCCGCGCCGCCCGUCUCUGUGUACUGGUUCGCGUUUCGGAUUCUUCCCGGGACCCGACAUCGUUCCGAUCGGAAGGGCCAGCGGCCGAAUUUCACUUCUCCCACCGCCGCAGGGGCGAGGGGAGGGGAAACGAGAAGCCGCCAGCGGGCGGCCCGGCGCCGGGUGUGGUGAAGUCAUGUUCCGGGUGGCCUGGGGAGCCGGACGGAUCUGCGCUGGGAGUCGCUGCUGACGAGAUGACCGUGGCCGUCUUCUUCGGCUGCACUUUCGUUGCCUUCGGUCCCGCUUUGGCCCUGUUCGUCUUCACCAUCGCCAAAGACCCGCUGCGAGUGAUUGUCCUGAUCGCGGGAGCAUUUUUCUGGUUGCUUUCCUUACUGUUGUCUUCGUUAGUGUGGUUUAUUGCUGUAAAAGCUAGCAAUGAGAAGGAUGCCAGACUACAGAAAUCCCUCAUCAUCUUUGGUGUGAUGUUCUCUGUAAUUCUGCAGGAAGUCUUCCGGUUUGCUUACUACAAGCUCUUGAGAAAGGCCAAUGAAGGCUUAGCGGCACUAAGUGAAGAUGGAAAGUCGCCUUUAUCAGUUCAGCAAAUGGCCUAUGUGGCAGGGCUUGGAUUUGGAAUAAUGAGUGGUGCUUUCUCUGUUGUCAACAUACUUGCAGGCUCUGUGGGACCAGGAACUGUGGGAAUCUUUCAUGAUUCUCAAUAUUACUUCCUAACAUCAGCUUUUAUGACCAUGGCCAUCAUAUUACUACAUACAUUCUGGAGUGUUUUAUUCUUCGAUGGAUUUGAGAAGAGACGAUGGUGGGCUGUAGUUGCAGUUAUUUCAACACACUUGCUAGUGUCAGGACUGACAUUUUUGAAUCCAUUGUAUGAAGGCAGCCUUAUCCCAGCAUAUCUAAUUAUGGUUCUUAUGGGAGUUUGGGCGUACUUUACAGCAGGUGGAUCAUUGCAAAAUCUUCAAAACUUCUUCAUGUGCCUGGGUCGCCAGACUUGGAUGCCAAAGAUCUAGCCUUCAGCAGACGAUGUACCUCCUGGUUCAUCCAGGUAAGUCAAGCAAAUAGAACUGCUGUACAGGCUGGCUCCUGACUGAAACACAUCCCACCUUAAUGGACUCGGAUUUUGCCAGAAUUUGCUGGAAUACUAACAGAAGCCUUGAACACAGAUGAAGCAAUACCACAGUAGAUGUUAUGUACUGGGAACAGUUCUAAAUGAGAAAGGAAUCCAUCAUUCUCCUGGUUAUGGGACUGUUUGCACACUUGUAUGCAUGUGUGCAACCAAUUUUUUUUUUUACUGAACAAAACGGUUUGCAAUUACCAAGCAUUGUGCCACAUUUGGGAAAGGGAUGUUUUAGGUAUUGAGGUAACUGAUGGGCUAUUGCUUUUUAUUACUUAAAAAUUUAAUUCUUAAGUAACCUGGAAAUUUAAUCUCUAUAAAAUUUGUUAUGCAGUGCUCAGUAUACCAGGUUAAAACUACAACAUGUAUUAUGGACUUGAAAUUGUUCAUGUACCAGGAUUUUCUUACAGCUUCUUUAAAAAAUCAUUUUUGACAUUAUCAUGAGACAUGUUUGUCAACAAGUUCAAAUAAUAAAGUCUGAUUAUGAAAUGUUUGAUCUUGA